UAUAUUGUUGUUUGUAUAUAAAGACAUGACUUUAAAUAACAUUUUUAUAUGUUUUGAAGUGAAAUUAGUCUAAAUUGAGACAAGGAAGUGUACAGAAAAUAUAACCACUGUCUGGAGGGCGAUAACGAACGUUUCAAAUUCAUAUAAUCAGUAGCUUUUCUUUUUUGCUUUGACGUUUUAAAGAUUAAAUAAUUAAGAAGACAUAUGUGCGGUUCUCGGAGAAAAAUAGACAUUAAUUUAUCUGCCAAAUAAAAACAAGAAUCAAAUAAACUAUCGAGAAGAAACGACAAAUAUAAUCUCGAAAUUUCUCACCUUAUGAAAAUAUAUUUUUCAUAUAUUAAUUCCAAUCAAUAUAUUGGUGAAUCCUACGCAAAUCUAAUUAUCAGCCAUUCUCUCUGCCAUUCAACGUUGCAUUCGUUGUGUCAAGAGAAGAUAUUUUUAUAAAGAUAAAUAAAAAGAUGAUUAACUUCAAAAUUUCCGCACCAGGCAGAAUCAUCUUAUCAGGAGAGCACACGGUGACGUAUGAAAAACAUUUUGUUGUGGCCGGCUUAGAUCUUCGCACCAAACUAGAAUUCUGCGAACUACUUGAUGAGCCAAGAAGCAUUAGAAUAGAGUUUUGUGGUGUACAGCAGGAUUUAUCUUUAGAAAAAGUUCAAUGCUUAUUUUCUCAACUUAAUGUGCUAAAUAUGCCUAGAUUUGUCAAUAACUUUAUCAAGGGUAUGUGGAAAAAAAAUGAAGAGAAAUUAAGCUUACAAAUGUUCUUUUACUUGCUUUAUACCAUCGUUUACAAUAGCGAGCACGGCAUGAAACCUUUUCGUUUACGCGUGUUCACUGAAAUACCUUUUGAAAAUGGUCUUGGCGGUUCGACAUCAUUCGUGGUUUGUCUAGCAGCGUGUUUUCUUCAUUGGAAGCGUCUACAGAGUGGUGUUCAUAUUAGAUUUAAUGAACAAGACUUACAGGAGAUUGAAGAAUACACUAGAUCUUGUGAGAACAUUUUGCAAAGGGAUGCAUUUGCAACGAUCGAUGCCAAAGUUUGCGUAUAUGGCCGUAUAAAUAAAUGCAAACAUAUUUCUUCUGAUGUUUAUGCUAUAAAGCCUAUAGUUGUUAAAACAGGAAUAAAGAUUUUAUUGAUCGGGACACAUCUUCGCCUAACAGAAAUAGAAAGAGAUAUACAAGUAGAACUUUUGUCUUCACGUUCUAGCAAUUUCAAUAUUAUUUUGAAUGAAUUGAACGAAAUAGCAAUAAGUAUAUUCGAUGACCUAAAUUAUAUUAAUAAUAACAUAGAAGAUCUCGAUGCUUACAAAAACUUACAAAGAGACAUUAAGAGAAAUCAACAAAUGUUAAGCACAGAUAUGAUUUGUCGUAUUUUGAAUUUGAUAUUAUUACCUGUCUUGGAAGUGGAUUCAAUUUGGCAGGAAAGCUUACAGGUUUUAAAGGCAGCUAUGUAUACUUUCUGUUACUACCAAUAAUUGCAAAAGAAGAAAUCACACGUAUUACAAAUCUUUUCUCAUAUAGAAAAUGCAGUUACAAAAUUGCUACAAUAGGCUGUGACGGAGUGAGAAUUGAUAAAUGAUUCUACUAUAAAAUUAUAACGAUUAUAUAUGAAUAAUUAA